GGUAUAGCCUCGAUCGAUCAGGCCAUCAUACACAUACAAAACCUGCAGCCAUGGAGUCGAAGCCAAGCAUAGCGCCGUGGAAGGAACCAAGGGAGCUGUGCGCGCGAGACGACCGCGCCUCGGCCGCCGCGCGUCGAGCCAGCAUGCUCAUGGCCGCGAGCUCGGGCGACCGCCGGCAGCUGUGCCUGUGGCGGGGGGACAUCCUGGCGGCGGCGGCGGCGGCACCGCCAACUCAUGAAGUUGGCAUCGACGUCGUCGUUGCCGACGAUGAUCCCGCGCUGGAGGCCAUCGUCACGGACGAGACGGGCUCCUCCCCGCUGCACGUGGUGGCGGCCGCCGGGGACGACCGGCGCUACCUGGAAAGCGCCAGCGAGAUCUGCCGCAGGGCCAGGCGCCUCCUGGACACGCCGAACCGCGACGGCGACACGCCGCUGCACUGCGCCGCCCGGGCCGGGAACGCCGGGAUGGUCGCGCACCUCGUCGAGCUCGCCGGGGCCGAGGACGAGGCGAGGGCGCUGGUGCGCGCGCAGAACAGGCGCGGGGAGACGGCCCUGCAUGAGGCCGUCCGUUUUGGCGGCCCGGAGAUGGUCCGAGCGCUGAUGGCCGGGGACAGGGGGCUCGCCUGCGUCGUCGCGAACGAUGGCACCUCGCCGCUGUACCUCGCCUGCUCGUUGGGCCGUGGAGGUAUUGCUCGCGAGCUGCACCAAAAAGCCGACGGGCACGGGCUGUCCUACUCCGGCCCGGAUGGACAAAAUGCCUUGCAUGCUGCUGUCAUCCACCAUAAAGGUAUAACAAAGCUGCUGCUGGAGUGGAACAAGGACCUUGUCAACCAAAGAGACAUCAACGGAAGCACACCGAUGCACUUCGCUGCAUCAGCCGCAGACCCUUCCUUCCAAUUUACAAGUUUCGUUUUCACCACGAGCAACUUGGAGAGCCAUUUCUUGGGCUCCUCCUUCCUUCUACCUCAGAGAUGCUUAACAAGAUUCUACGAGUGGAAGGAGCUCCCUUUCCCCCUGCUGCUCGACGCCGAGCCAUCCCUAGCGUUCCAGCCGGACGUCCAAGGGUCGUACCCGGUGCACGUCGCCGCGUCGGCGGAGAGCAUGGUGGCCAUCAUCGUCCUGCUCACCAAGUACCCCGGCUGCGCCGGGCUGCGCGACGCCAUGGGACGGACCUUCCUCCACGUCGCGGUCGAGAAGAAGAGGUUCCAUGUCGUGAAGUUCGUGUGCCACCGCGCGAGCUCUUUCAAGCCGAUGCUCAACGUGCAGGACAAGGAUGGGAACACCGCCUUGCACCUGGCUGUCAAGCAAGGGGAGCUGGACAUCUUCAGAUGCCUCAUCAGGAACCGCAAUGUCAAAAUAAACCUGCAGAAUAACCAAGGGAACACUCCCAUGGAUCUCGCCCUGGGGAAAGUCCGCUCUGGAUUUUACUUCGGACUGACUGCACCUCGGAGGAUACUCGGCAUGCUAACCUUCGCGAACGCUCAGACUUCCAGCGCCAACCGCCGGCGCGAUCAGAUGGAGGAGUACAACCCGAGCCUGAACGAGGAGGAAGAAUCGAGCAAGAUAAAGGACUUCGCGCAGAUCGUGGGCAUCGGCUCCGUGCUCGUCGCGACGGCGACGUUCGCGGCGGCCAUAACCAUACCGGGGGGCGUCAGGACCCCCGGCGACGCCGCGCCGACGCCCGCCCCCGCCCCCGCCCCCGCCGGGACGCCGUUACUCACGGGGAAGUACGCCUUCGACGGGUUCGUGGUCUCCAAUACGCUGGCGUUCAUCUGCUCCACCCUGGCCACCUUCAGCCUCGUCUACUGCGGGGUCGCCGCCGUCGACAUCCAGCGGCGGUUCACGCUGGUGUCCUUCUCCCUGGCGCUCCUGCUCUGCGCGGCGCGGAGCUUCUGCGCCGCCUUCGCCUUCUCCCUCUACCUGCUGCUCGCGCCGGUGGAGCGUGGCACCGCCAUCGCGGCCUGCGUGAUGACGUCGCUCGCGCUGCUCGACGGGCUCUGGUUCCUCAUCACCAGCUUCCACGACACCACGGUCCUCCUUAGCGGAAGAACUAAGCUGACGUUCCUGAAACUAGGUACCGGAUUCGUCGCCAAUAUCAUAUAUCUCUUCUGGCCCUACCUCGUGAUCUUCGGCUACCUGUCCAUCGAUGAUGCAAAAAAUCUAGGAGACUUUUAAGUCGUUCUAGCUCGCCACGACCAUUAUGCUUUUUGCAAGCACCAGGGAAUUGACUCAAAAGAUGGGUUAAGAACUAUUCAAAUUAAAUUGUUUUGCUUGUGUAUGUGUGUAUUUUUUUAUAUACAACUAUGUUACAUGGAACUUGAACGAUUGUUCUUUCCUUCA